GAUCGCGACAGUCGCUGUUCUGGUGGCGGAGGAGGUAGUGGUGAUUGAAUAGAUAUUCUGGCAGCAUGACCCGUGGACAGCAAAAGAUCCAAUCUCAGCAGAAGAAUGCAAAGAAACAAGCAGAAAAGAAGAAACAUGGCAGUGAUCAGAAGGCUGCGGCUAAGGCUGCCCUAGUAUUCACUUGUCCUGUGUGCAGGACACAAAUGCCAGAUCCUAAAACAUUCAAGCAGCACUUUGAAAGUAAACACCCCAAAUCUCCAAUGCCCCCUGAGCUAGAAGAUGUGCAGGCAUAACUGGAGAUGUGUCUUCGCUGAUGAAUGCACUGAAUAAAGUGGGUUUGGAAUCUUUGUGAGUGACUCCUGUUUUUGGCUGCCCCUAUCCCCUUCUCACCUUACCUAUAUUAAUGGAACUAGUGAUGUGAGAAUUUCUGGACUUUAUUUCACAGCAACUACUAAUGUGUAGUAUUUUAUACUCUUACUUUUUUUUUUUCUCCCUCCUACUUUUUGUGCAUUGGGUUUACUAUAGGAUGAGCAGCAGAGGUUUGGACAAAUACCACAACUAUUUUUGUAACAGUCUAUGUUGAUUAGUAAAUUGUGAUGUUUCUGGCUAGGGUAAAAGUGGAGCUGUUCUCUGAGUCUUGGUUAUUUAGAGGUUACAGUAACUACUACUGAAAAACCAUCUUAAAAGAGAGCCAAAUCCUGGGUAUAGCUCUGUAACCCAUGUUUCCCAAUCUCUCUGUGGGACUUGCCCGCCUUGUGGCUGCUUCUUUAUCUUGGAAGGUAAGGAUUUCCUGGUGCUGUCCAUGGUCCUAGUUAGCAACUUCUUUCCUAACACAUUUGUUUGUCCUUGCCCUGCCAGCUACUCCCAAGACAAAUAUGUAACCCCACAGUAAAGAUCAUUACAAUCUUAUUUAUAAGGAGGCCCAAUUAAGGUGUCUACAGUGCAGUAUUUAAUUAUAGCCAAAAUGGCAAGCAUAGCUUUGGGUGGAUACUUACAAGUGCCAUCGUUAAAUGGAAAAAUGAAUGGUUACUUUUACAAGUGCACACAGGCCACAUUGGUUUUGAGUUAUUUUUGCCCUACACCCAUAAUGGAGGUGACUAUUUUAAUGUGUCAUUUCCAUUUAAAGAAACAGUAACACCAAAAAACAUAUGGCACAGGUUAAAUGGUGAUUGAUAACACCAUUAUGUUCUACAGAGCUUAUCUGCUGUGUAACCUGAGCUUUUUCUCUUUGAAUAGCUGCCCCCAUUGCUACACAGCAGCUUAUUUAUAUAAACAAUAGUAGUGUUUCUGAAGAGAACAUCCAGUUUUACCAGUGCAGGGCAACACUGCAUUAUAUUUUUAUAACUUUAAAACACUUUCACUUUUUGGUGUUACUGUUCCUUCAAUGUCCUUACGAUCUGUGAGACCAAACCUUGUUCAUUUUAUUUUUUCCCAUUGCAUUUGUUGCUGUGCUGUUUAACUCUACAGACUGAGUGGUGAAAAAUUAUGCUAUUGUAUGUAUGAAUCUUUGUGGUUUACAAUGCCGUUAUCAUGCUUUGGCAGAAACUGUUGUAACUAGGAUUGUACCACUAAAGCAACAGUACUCAAUAUGUCCACUGGAACAUGGGGGUUACAGAAAAGGAAAUGUGCCAAAUAUGCUUUUGGUGACCCCAGUGGCAUAACUGCUAAUUAAAUACACUUCUUGCAAGAGUUUCAGGAAUGAGAGGAUUUAGGUACAGCAGGUUACUUGUGGCAUCUGCCUGUUUUAUAUACACCUAAACAUAAAACUCUGUUACUCACAUAAUUAAUUUUUUUUAACUUGUGCUAAGGGACAUCUCAGCCAGCAGUCUUUCAUGCUCCUACAAUAAGGAAUGGGCUGACUUCUCAGUCCUCCCGUUUAGAGAUUUUAACAUUUCUUUUAGAUACAAAUGCAGUUAUAAAUAAAAAUGUAUUUUGUGUAACUGCCAAAAAAAAAAAAACUUUUCUGUAUUAAAAGCUUAAUUUGAAUUGUA